AUAAAUGACACUUGUUCCUGUUGUUACUGCAUACCUUCCUCUAUUUAGAUAUCCACUGCACUGUGUAAUGAAUAUGGAAAGGAAUGGGGAUUAAAAUGGAGAAAAACUGCCCGAUGCUUUACUUCGUAACUAUUGCAGUGGUGUUUAUAUCAAAUCUACAAGCAAACUCGGACAUUGUUUACAAUUCAACUGACCAAAGUUUGAUAGACUAUAUUGCAGAAAAUGCUGAAAUACGAUAUGACGUUAUAAGCAAUUUCGUUGACAAGCGGAAAACAUUUACAUCGAAAAUAACAAUAAAAAACACAGGCAAUCUUACAAUUGCCUACAACAAUUGGGAGAUUUAUUUCUACGCAAUACGACUCGUUCAACCAAAUGAAUAUCCAUAUAAGGAAGGAUUUAAACUUCACAACUGUAAAAUGCGGCUGUAUCAUGUAUCCGGAAGUUUGUGCAAGUUGUGCCCCGAAAGAAAUUUUCGGAUGGAGUCGCAUGAUUUUGUUGAGUGCAAAUUGGUAAUGAAAUAUUGGCAGUCUGCCAAAACGGAUACGAUGCCGAACUGGUAUGUUUGGGCGGAGGGACUUACAUCUAGGGAUAUCGAAUCCACGCAGGGGGACACUCUGACCUUUGUGGGACCUUUCGAGAGACCGGAACAGUAUCAACGGUAUGCUGAUGAUGGUUGGUCUCCCUUCACCCCAGAAUCAAGAUUUAAGAAAAAUGAUGAGUUGGCAGUCUCCAAUGUUUCUGAAAAAUUUGUAAUCCCAACACCAGUUGAAAUGAACAUGAAAAGUGGCAGCGUAAAAGUUGAUUCAUCGUGGACUGUAGUGAAUUCAACGAAAUAUUAUCAAGUUGCCAAACUAAUUGCAGAGCACUUUGGAUUGACAAUUCGGAGUACAAAACCACAGGAAAAGUUUAUUGAUAUAACAGAACAACAUGAUUUGAAUCCGUUGAACGUCUCAACAACUGUAAACGAGGCUUAUCUGAUCCAAAUAAGUUCUCAGUAUAUUACGGUGUCUGCAAGGGCAAAGGCAGGGAUGUUUUAUGCUUAUCAGACAUUAAAAAGUAUACAUCAAGAUGGGAAAUCACUUCCGUUGUGUGUAAUAAAAGACCAGCCUCGAUUUGCCUACAGGGGGAUGCACUUGGAUGUAGGUCGAAACUUCUUUUCAAAAGAGGAGAUUCUGAAAAUACUAGAGACAAUGGCGAUGUACAAAUUAAACCAAUUUCAUUUCCAUUUGACGGAGGACGAGGGUUGGAGGUUGGAAAUUCCCGGUAUACCUGAGCUUACAGAGAUUGGUUCGAGAAGAUGUCAUGACCUUAACGAAGACACGUGCAUUCUUCCUCAAUUGGGAUCCGGAUCUUCAAAAAACGGUCUUGGUUCCGGAUUUUACACAACCGAGGACUAUAUGGAAAUAUUAAGAUAUGCUAAUGACCGGAAUAUUCAAGUCAUACCGGAGAUUGACAUGCCAGGGCAUUGUCGUGCAGGUAUCAAAGCAUUGGAGGCAAGAUACCGGAAGUACAUGAAAAUUGGAAACGAGGUUGAAGCUAAUGAAUAUUUGCUGACAGAUUUUGCUGACAAAACACAAUAUUUAACAGUGCAGUGGUUUUCUGAUAAUGCUAUUAAUAUCUGCUUGAAUUCAACAGCAGUAUUUAUUCGUCAUCUAAUUACGUCACUUAUUGAGAUGCAUCAAGACAUUCAGCCUUUGAACAUAUAUCAUUUUGGAGGGGACGAAGUAGCGGGAGCUUGGAAAGAAUCUCCGGAAUGCAAAAAGUUUCUAUCGAAAAAAGGUCUCAAUGAUACCGCCACACUUAAGAGAUACUUUGCUCAUUUCAUGUCAAAUCUAACUAAUGAUGAAGGAUUGCAUAUGGCGGUCUGGGCAGAUGCUCUCAAAGAAGGAAACGCUCUUUAUAAUAUCAGUGCAUUUCCAACCAAUCAGAAUAUAAUAGCGUAUAAUUGGGACAACCUUUGGGAGAGAGGACACGGGGACAAAGCCUAUAAACUAGCCAAUGCAGGAUACAAGGUAGUUCUUUCCCAUGCCACACAUCUUUAUUUUGACCAUCCAUAUGAACCAGAUCCGGCGGAGAGGGGAUAUUACUGGGCUACCCGCUUCACUGAUACUCGAAAGACCUUUGGAUAUAUCCCUGACAAUAUAUUCUAUAAUGCCGACAAGUCGAGGGAUGGUCGAACAUUAACCAAGGAUCGAAUAUGUCCAAACAAUAAAUGUCUAAAGUUAGAGAAACCGGAGAACAUCAUUGGCAUACAAGGUCAAGUUUGGACGGAAACCAUACGGACAUCCCAGCAACUUCACGAGAUGAUGUUUCCACGCAUGCUUGCGUUGGCUGAACGUGCCUGGCACAAGUCAGAGUGGGAGCGGAUUCCAGACAAAGAUAGGCGGAUCAUGGAAACAAAUAAGGAGUGGGCUUCGUUUUCCAAAGCUUUAGUAGAAAGGGAGUUCUCUAGACUUGACGGCAUGGGCAUCAUGUAUCGUAUCCCAGUACCUGGAGCAAGGGUCAGUGGUGACGUUGUACAGGUAAAUUCGGCUUUCCCAGGAUUAGGUUUCCAAUAUAGUUUGGAUAACCAACAGAGUUGGUUAAAUGUGACGUCACAGGAAGUGCACUUGAAGACAAACAUGUACUUUAGAACAAGGUCAUUGGAUGGUUAUCGAUACAGCCGAUCAGUAUUCCUUAGAAACGUAAUUUCUUCAGAUGGAUAUCACAUGAAACCAAUUUGUAUUAAUAUUUUUACUGCUACAAUAUUUUGUGUCAUUAAAAUAGUGUUAUAUUGAGAAAAAACGAUGUGUUUUUUAUAAAAUAAAUGUCCCAGUGAAACUAUACACAUGCAAGGAUGUUUCUAAAGAAAAAAAAUAAGAUAAUAUUCACAAUUAUCACGUACACAACUCAAUUUUUUCAUUUCUUUUUUCAAUGUUGUUUAUUUCCUCAAAAUGUGGUAGAUAACAUUAACCAUCAAACAUUGUACAAAAGAAGAAACUACGUCUCAUGUUACACUUGUGUUAUCUAAUCCAAAUCAUUGCAGAUAACUUUCUCAGAUACAAAACCCUGAGCCUGAACAACCAUUUUCUGAACAACCAUUACUUGCAUUUGAACAUGUAUUUUUCUAUUACAUGUUCGACACCGCAUAUAUCACCUUUUUAUGUAA